UGUACUUAAUGAUUGCACUGCAAGAAGAAAACUUUGGAUAGUACAACACUCAAACAGUUCUCCAGUGAAAAUUUGCAGGUAAAGGAAGAUUGACAUGAACGCCGAGUCAUCGAAAAAGCGGAAUCACAGUCCCAUGGAGAGAGCAAACAUAUUUUCUCUUUUAUUUUUCUGGUGGAUGAAUGACACCUUGAAACUCGGCAACCAACGCCCCUUGCAAGACGAAGAUCUGCUUUCCCUUCAAGAAGAAUUCAAAACAGAGGCACUUGUUAACAAGCUUGAAGCAGAAUGGCUUCAAGAAUCAGCCAUCUGCACUCGCAAAAAUAAACAACCUCGUCUAUGGAGGGUCGCGUUUAAUAUGUUCUCCUUCAAGAAAUACCUGAUGUUGGUGGCUGUCAAACUAACGCACUCUUUAUCCAGUAUCCUAACUCCCAUAAUGGUUUGGCUUUUCCUCUCCAGUUUAUCAGAAAAUGCGGAUGUGAAUAAAAGUUCUUCUAUACUUCAUGUUGUUGCCAUCUCGUUUCUUACAGUUGUCAAGGGAAUGACGCAUCACCAUUCAUUUUUCUUAGCUGGAAUAUCCGCUCUGCAGCUGAAGGUUUCUGCUAUCGGAUUAAUCUACAAGAAGAUUCUUAAGUCAAAUCGACGUUCUUUGAAUGAAAUCGCAUCUGGUCAAACGAUCAACUUGGUCUCAAAUGAUGCCAAUCGAUUACAGGACGCUGUUUGGAGCAUGCUGUUUUUCAUGUUUGCCCCGAUAGAAAUUCUAUCAUCUGGGAUACUUCUUUGGUUUUUAAUUGGAUGGCAGGCCCUCGUGGGAGCAGGUUUUUUCUUGAUAGUGAUUAUAUACAUAUCUGUGCUUUCCAAGAAAGCGGGCCGUCUAAGAGAAAAUGCUGCAUCCGUGACGGAUAGACGUCUUGAGAUUUUGAACGAGGUCAUAACCGGUAUUCGUUCAAUUAAAAUUCACGCUUGGGAAUGGAACUUCAGAGAUCUAAUCAGGGACUUGAGAAUAAAGGAGAUCGGUAUUAUUCGUUGGAGAGGCGCCAUUCUUUCAAGUUUUGAUUCCUUGUACUUUACCAAUACCCCUAUUGCUGGGUUCAUCUCCAUCACAACACUACUUCUUACCAACAACCACCUGACAGCCUUUCAAAUUUUCACGUUGAUGUCAACUUUGAAUGUUAUAAAGUUCUCUGUUUCUGUUUCCAUGGGGGAAACACUUCAUUUGUUAGCUGACGCUAAAGUGUCUUUUGACAGGAUACAGAAAUUCCUAGAAGUAAAUUCCUUUCCCGGCCUUGGUGAGGAUGACAUCAAAUUGAAGUUAAAUGGCAGUCCUACGUUUGAUCGUAAACACUUUGAGGCAGUUAAUGUCCCUUUUGAUAAGUUCACAAGCUUAUUCACUAUUCCCGAGAAAGAGCAUAUUGAAAAAGCAUACUUAAAAAGAUCUCAAACAGAAUCCUGGAUCUCGUUAAAAAACAUCUCUUGCAGCUGGAAUCAGGAAGAUAAAUCAGAUACAUUGCAUAAUGUCUCGGUCAAUAUUUUCAAAAAUCAAUUCAUCACCAUCACAGGUCCAGUAGGUUGUGGGAAAUCUUCUUUCCUGCAAGCAAUACUGGGUGAACUACCUUGCAAAAGUGGCGAGAUUCGGCAUUCUGGAAGCAUUGCAUACGUACCUCAACUUCCGUGUCUUUUCUCGGGGACGAUACAAGAUAACAUUACAUUUGGCAAACCCCUUGAUGAGAUAAGAUAUCGAGAAAUUAUUGAAGCGUGCAGUUUGCACGAGGACCUCCAACAGUUCUCUAAAGGUGACUUGACACACAUUGGGCAACGCGGAGUAAGUCUUAGUGGAGGACAGAGCUCGCGUAUUUGUUUGGCCCGUGCGUUGUAUGCGGACAGAGACAUCUACUUGCUUGAUGAUCCUCUUAGUGCCGUUGAUGCCCAAGUGGGAAAGCACCUUUUCAGAAAGUGCGUUCGUGGCUUGCUCUCUGAAAAAAUCUGUGUUUUGGUGACCCACCAACAUCAGUUUUUGGAAAGUAAUGAUGAAAUCAUUGUCAUGGAACGAGGAAGCAUUGAGUGCCAAGGAAAGUACUAUGACCUGCUACAUAACAAAAUGUUGUCCAAGAAUACAUUUGCUGGGAAAAGAUAUCAGAGAAAAGAGUCUUUAAAAAGUUCAGUUCCUCUGCGCAGGCGUCGAACAGAAACGUCACUUGGUCUCCCUACUAUGGAAGAGGUUAAAGAUGAUUUAAACGAGGAGGGAGAGGACAGAAUGAUAGGAAAAGUAUCGUGGACUCUUUAUUGGAAAUAUUUCCGAUCUGCUCUUCCAGCCGCGCUGCUGAUGUGUCUCUUCGUUCUUGUAUUGUUUGUUCAAGUUGUUUUGAUAUCUCCAUACUGGUGGUUGUCCCGAAUUGCCAAUAUGUCUGAUGCGGACCAGCAAAGAGACCUCGCUACACUUGGCAUUUACGGAUCAUUAGUAAUCGGCGCCCUUAUUUUGUCCACCAUGAUUUAUUUUUUAUUCCUCUCAACCCUUUUGCGAGCAUCAGAGAAGCUUCAUGACAAGAUGUUCACAGCAAUCAUUAAGGCUCCAGUUGUUUUUUUCGACACCAACCCAGUUGGGCGCAUCCUCAACCGCUUCUCUAAGGACGUUGGUUGCAUGGACGACACACUGCCCCCACAGUUCCUUCUGGCAGUCCAGCUGUGCUUGUUUUCCUUGGGUGCCAUUUUACUGCCUGCAGCAACUAAUUACUGGUUGGUUAUUGGCAUUGCCCCCUUGAUACUACUCUUCUUUUACUACGCAAGAUAUUAUUUGAAAACAUCAAGAGAGCUAAAGCGGUUAGAGGCCAUAAAAUGCAGUCCAGUAUAUUCACACAUAUCAGAUACAAUUGCUGGCUUGGAAGUGAUACGAUCUUCUGACAUGGAGGAAAGUUUCCUGCAGGAUCUAUACAGAUACCAAGAUCAAAACACGCCUGCGGCUAUAAUGGUUUUAGGGUGUGGCAAGUGGUUGGGCGUCCGUUUAGAAUUACUUUGUAGUUUGCUCGUCACACUGGUAGCGGCAGGAGCUGUUCUAGCAACACAAAUACCUGCCCUUGCAGGAAUGUCACUAAUUUACGCAUUAGAAACCUUGGAUGCGGCUCAAUUUGGUGUGCAGUUGACGUCAGAGACAGAGAACCUCAUGACAUCGGUUGAGAGAGUGGCAACAUUCACUCAAAUAGCUUCAGAACCCGGAUAUUCCACCCAAAACGAACGUCCACAUUCAUGGCCGACGAAAGGAAACAUAAGUUUCAAAGACUUGUCCUUAAGAUAUACUGAAGGAAGUCAUCGUGUCUUGAAGGAUAUUACUGUUGAUAUCAAGGAUAAAGAGAAGGUUGGUUUGGUGGGGAGAACUGGAUCAGGAAAGUCUUCCGUAGUAGCAGCUCUGUUCAGGAUGCCCGAACCAGAUGGCAUGGUAAUGGUCGAUGGAAUAGAUCUGGAAACAUUAAAUAUUCAAGAUGCUAGGCGAACAUUUUCAGUGAUAACUCAAGAUCCUAUUCUAUUUGCGGGAAGCAUAAGAGGCAACAUGGAUCCUUUCACGAAACUCGAAGACUAUGAGAUAUGGAACGCUCUGGAAGAUGUUCAAAUAAAGCAAUGGGUACAGCUGUUACCUGGACAACUGCAAUACAGACUUACAGAAUCUGGAAGCAACCUGAGUGCUGGAGAGAGGCAGCUGCUGUGUCUCGCGCGUGUCCUAUUACAAAAGAAUAAAAUCGUUAUCCUCGAUGAAGUAGCUGCUAAUGUAGACUUUAAGACAGAUCGUUUGAUUCAAGAAGUCAUACGAACCAAAUUGAAAGACGUCACAGUGUUGACCAUUGCCCAUAGGCUAGAGACAAUUAUCGACUAUGACCAGGUAAUGGUCAUUGAUCAAGGCCGGGUGAUUGAGUUUGAUAAACCUGGUGCGCUUUUGAACAACAGAGGAAGCUACUUUGCUGAGUUAAUGAAAAGCUAUAACGGAACUGUUGCUUCAUAAAGGUCUGACUGUAUUGAAAGUCCAGAUUAUUUAGUGUCACUUUAGGUCGAAGAACGUCCGAUGGUAACUUUUGCGCUUUCUAAGUGGGUGGAGAGGGUAUGGCUUAAAUAACAACCGUCUU